CCGUUGCCGCAUACCAGAGUCGGACACACGCCGGCAGCUCCACCACGCCGACUCACUGUCCACACGACCGCUUGUCCCCGGGAGGAGCGAGAAGACAGACCGCCGCGGGCUCCUCGUGCUCCGGGGAAGUUGAGACUCGCCACGUCGGAGAGGUUUUAACGACUUUUUUUUCCUUCUUUCGGGGAAACUCAAGUUGCCACAUAUAUUUUUUUUCGGGGGGGAGCAGCAGCUGUCACACUCCAGACACGCUCCGACAGAGGGAGAAGGAAAGUGACUCGUCAGCGCAACAGUUGGACUGAAUCACGCGGGAUUCGUGACUCGUUUCUCCGUCCGAGCGGCGGCGGGUUCCGCGAUUGGGGCUGACUCAUGCAAACAGCCCGCCUCUGCCUCCACGUCCGCCGGGCCCCGCGGGCAGAGCCAGAGCCGCUGACUGGGACUGACUGAACCGGCAGCAGGCACUCGCCACCCGGCCCCCCUGUCAGGUGAAGGGCGUGGCGCUGGGCGGGGGCCGCUUUGUUCUCGCAACACCUGGGUGGUGGUGGUGGUUGGUGGGGGGGGGGGAGUGUUCCAGAGGAGCCGAGAGCCGCCGAGGUCUGGAGCCCGAGCUGAGGAAGCCUUGUAGCGGGUGAGUUCCUCCGCGUCAUGGACCGUUUAAAUGACAGCUCGCACUUUCUGGAGCGUUGACCCCCGGGGCCGACGAGCGUGAACCGGGUCAGGAGUGUUAACUGUUUGCUGGCCGGCGGGUAGACCGGACCGGCGGGGACGGGGGGACAUGGCGCUGUCGCAGGUCCAGUGUCUGGACGACCACCACGUCAACUGGCGCGUGAGCGAGAGCAAGCCCGAGUUCUUCUACAGCGAGGACCAGCGGCUCGCGCUCGAGGUGCUCGUCACCGAGGGCCGCGACGCCUUCGCGGGCUUCCUGCGCGACACCGGCGUGCGCGAGUUCCUCUCCGAGCCGGAGCUGGAGCGGAUCGCGCUCACGGCGGAGGCCUACCGGCCCGGGCACGAGCACCACCCGAAGCCGGAGACGCCCGGAGGAGGAGGCGGCGGCGCGGGGAACAUCACGCCGGGCUCCGGGGAAGAAGCCGGGGACGGCAACGUGUCGCUGCAGUACUGGCCGGACCGCUCCGAGGCCUCGGUGGCGGAGCUCGACCUGGGCUGGCCCGAGGCCACCUCGUACCGAGGGGUGACGCGCGUGACCGUGCACACGCAGCCGCCGACCGACGGGCACACGCACAUCAAGGAGGUGGUGCGGAAGAGCAUCGCGGGCGCGCAAAAGGUGAUUGCUGUGGUUAUGGACGUGUUUACAGAUGCCGAUAUCUUUCGCGACCUGCUCGAUGCUGCGUAUAAACGCAGAGUUCCUGUCUACAUAAUCAUUGACAUGGCCUCAGUCCCCUGCUUCCUUUCAAUGUGUGGCAGAGCUGAUAUGCACCGGGGACACCUAAAGAAUCUGCGUGUGCGCUGCUGCGGAGGUGUGGAGUUCUUCACGCGGUCGGCACAGAAGGUGUGCGGUGCGCUGAGCCAGAAGUUUCUCCUGGUUGAUGGAGACAGAGCCAUCUCUGGUUCAUACAGCUUCACCUGGUCCUCCUCUCGGUUGGACCGCAACCUCAUCACCGUGGUCACGGGACAGGCAGCGGAGACGUUUGACCUACAGUUCCGUGACCUUUACCUCGUGUCCAGAGGCGUGUCUCUCAGCAAGGUUCCCAUGGUGGACGAACCAAUCCGGGACCCAGUCCCCCAGGCUGCUCCUGUUCCCAUCUCAGCUGCUGUUGCCCGGAAGCUCAUCAAUCCCAAAUACGCCCUGGUCGCCGCGGGGAACCCCACAAGUCCGGCCCCCUCCGACCAGAACUCCAGCAACAAGAAUUCAAACUCUCCGAAUCCCACUGGGCUAAAAAUUAUGAAAGGGCGUACUAAGGAGGUUUUCAAAGAACCACCCUUACACCCAGGAUUAGCUCAUCUGGAGAAGGUGUACCUGAUCCCGUACCUGCCCACCUGGCCAGAGCCAGACCCACCCAGCGACGUGAUUGGCUUCAUCAACAUCAGGGAUGAAAAGCGGUCCAAUCAGGUUCACCUGCAGAGGUCGGAGAGGUUUGAGGUUAGCCAGGCUAUACGCUUCAAGUCACCUCUGUUAGUGCCAGCGCCGACUGAGGAACCUCGGGAUGCAAACGCAGAGGGAACGGCCAGAAGUCCUGAAGCCUCUAGUCCCGUGAGUGCAACCAGCAAACAAGUCGAAGAGAAAACAAACGCAACUCCGAAAAAGGACCAAACUGAUACAAUAGAUUCCAGCGUGGUCCCUCCACAGCCGUGCACACAGGCCACAAACAACCCGAAUGAACACACUCACAAUUCAUCGCCCCUCGUCCCUGCUGAUUCACAGCCAACACAUAUUGCAGAACAAACUCCAGAGACACAAACUGCAGCACCUCCCGUUCCCAAACGCCGCACGUUGCACCUGAUCAUCGACGCCGCCCACGCAGAGCAGCCCGACCAACCGCAGGUGGUGACUCUGAUCAAAAUGGACCAACUGGAAAGUCUAGAGGCCUUUCCUGGCAAAAUGAGAACUCAGGAGGAGGAGCUGACGUCAGCCCGGGGACGCCUGACAUCGAAGGUCGACGGCCCGGACUCUGGCAGCAACGACGAGGGCAGCCUAGACAGCACCAAGGUCAUCUGUGACCGAGCAGCCAAUGAGGAUCCUUCAAGCGCUUCCACGCUGUCAGAGGAGGAGUUUUACGACAGCCAGCAGGAGCCGAGUGACCUGCUGAGGAACGGCACGCUGACGGGUUCGGGUCGCGGGAAUCGGCCAGGAGAUGGGGUCAACAUGAUGGCCCGCUUCUCCCAGAGCAUGCUGGACCUACGGGAGCCCAGCCAAUCAGACGACGGCGCCGCCCUCAUCCGCCAAUCGCAGCAGCUCCGCAGACAAGGUUACCCCUCGCCACACAGGCACAUAGGAGAGUUGUUCCGGACGGCAAGAUCUCCGGGUAGAGAUGGGAGACUGCGGGGAGCGAAAGUAGUCAUCGCCAAACCGGGAAGUUACCACCGGCCCACCCGAGCGGCCGGCCCGGUGAUAGGAGGAUACCGUUACUGGCACGGUCAAACGCUGCAGCCCAAUACGGCCCAGGCGCCCGCGGGGACGCGGUCCGGCCGGUCGCCGCGGCGCCACAGCCCGGACUACAGGAAUACGGACCACACCCAGCCACAGCCGCCAGCCAACCAAUCGGGUUUAAUGGGGGUGUCCCUCUCAAAACUGACCAAUUUCAGACACUUGAGGGCACGAGGAGGAGCGUCGCAGAAGAAAGCGUCUCAGAAUAACAAGGCUGCUAGGUAGAACUGUGGACAAUUACAGGUACAUGAGGAUCUUUGUGUAAAUAGACACAGGUGACUCUUCAAUGAGGCCAAUGAGGCCUAUCUCAGGCACGCGUGUCAUUUCCUUUUUAAAUCCCCGAGGCUCAACAUUUUUAACUCAACACUAUUUAAUUUGGAUUUUGCUUUUUGACCGUCAGUCAAGUUUUAUCAAUUUGCUUUGAUUCUGGGUUUUAAGAGGUUUUUGUCUGUAAAUGAAUCACGUCUUCCAACUGUCUUCUUCCUGGUUAAAGGUGACAUAUUAUGCAAAUAUCCCUUAUUCAGUUUUUGUGAGUGUAUCUGUGGAGCCUGCCGGCCCACAAAUUGUAAAAAAAACAAAACACCCUGUCGUUUUUUGUGAGAUGGCUAAACCCUA